UAUCACACGCCGGCCACGAAUCCACGAUCGAUCCCCGCUCACAUGCACUUUGCUCCUACUUGGGAAAGCAAAGCUAGAGAGAGGAACAAAGUAGAAAGGGAAGCUGAGAGAGAGAUGUUCCCGUCGCCAGGGAGGGCGGUGAUGGCGCUGGGCCACGGCCAGCACAGCUCGUCCACCGCCGGUGACGCCAUGGCGGCGGCGGCGGCGGCAGCUUCCUCCACCCCCACCAUAACCUUCUCCUUCCAGCCCUCUCCUCCGCCAACGAGCUCCCUCGCCCACCAUGGCGUUCUAGGUUACAGCUCGCUUCUCCUAGACCACCCAACCACCGCCACCACCUCGUCUUCCUCCUCGCACGCGCCUUCGUCCACCAUCCCUCCCCCCACCCUCCACCACCUCCAUGCAGCGCACGUUUCCCCUCCAACGAGGUCAUCGCCUCCUCCUCCUCCACACCCAUGGUCGACCUGUGAUGAAGGGCAUGACCAAGGUCAGGGCAGGCAUCGGGGGAAGGGCGCUGCGGCGGUGAGCGAGGGGUUGGCUGCCGGCGGUCACAACGGCGCGGCGGCGGCGCUGGGGGUGGGCGCGGUGAGGAUGAAGAAGGCGGGCGGUGGCGGAGGGAAGGCGCGGCGGAAGGUGCGGGAGCCGCGGUUCUGCUUCAAGACGAUGAGCGACGUCGACGUGCUCGACGACGGCUACAAGUGGCGCAAGUACGGCCAGAAGGUCGUCAAGAACACGCAGCACCCCAGGAGCUACUACCGCUGCACGCAGGACAACUGCCGGGUGAAGAAGCGAGUGGAGCGGCUGGCGGAGGAUCCCCGCAUGGUGAUCACCACCUACGAGGGCCGCCACGUCCACUCACCAUCCCGCGACGAAGACGACGACGCCGCGCGCGCAAACGCCGAGAUGAGCUUCAUCUGGUAGUGGUAGCUAGUAGCUUCCAUUGCCGGCCUAGAGCAAGCAGCAGCUAGCUGAGAUCAGGCGUCUCCGGCACAGGGGGGGACACACCGCGCCGUCGUCGCUUGUGGCCGGUCAAGUUUCAUCAGCUAGCUGGAUCCUGAACCCGUCCAUCAAAUUCGUGUCUAUGCAUGGCAAUAUCGAUCUUUACGUCAUGUCGGCGCUGGUAAAUUGCAUGCGUUGUGUGAAUUACUCCUACUGUUGUAGUUAAUUAGCGCAUCCAGGUUAUGAACUGAUGGUAAUAUAUAGUAGAAACGUACUAUAGAAUUAGCAAUAUUUACUGCCCUUCUUCGUGAUACUAGCUAGCUUGCUGCUUUAGAUUUUAAAAAAAAGUUAAGUUGGUGUUGAUGGUGCUACUGUGCUAGGCUCUUCCACCUCCACUUAAUAAGGUCAUCUGCCGUAGAUGGGUAUAUGAGCAACUUGUGGAAUCUUCGGCGGAGGAUGCAUGGGACCAUAUAAUGAUGUGUAUGCAUGUAUGAUGUGUGAUGAUCUGUUUUUUUUCUCUCGCUUUCCUUGCUAUGUGCAUAUACCAAAUUAAAUUUUAAAAAUUUCACGA